AUGGUUGUGGAACGGGGCUCUAUCGCCCAGAUGACAUGGUGGGAUGAGUUUUCUAACUUUAUGCGCAAAGAUACGAAAGGUGUCGAAAUUGUUAGCUACUCAGUGUCGGGAAUUUUGUUGCUAGUGGCAUAUAGGAAAAUACGUCCAAUUACAAUUUUUGGACGAGCAUCUGACAUACCAUCGCAUUUUAUUCGCGAUCAGAUAAAACAGUAUGGGUGGGUAAACAAAAUCGAACCUUCACAACAGUACGGUCCGCUGCUUGUUGUGCAACACCGUCCACCUGCGAAAAUAUUGUUUUGGUCAAAAAAAACAAUUCCUAUUAAAAUCAACGGAAUUGACAUCAAUGCAAACGGGUACUCCUGGCUUCAGUCGAUCGUAGCUGGGAAAGAAAUAUGUUUCGUUCCGAUGGUAGCAAACGCCCACCAUGAUCAUGCUGAGUGUCGUGUAUUCUUAACUGGCUCUAAGAGCAACAUCGACAUUGGUGAAGCCCUGCUUAGUCUCGGAUUUGCUAAAUUAACCAUUGCUGUGCCGAAACCAAUACGAAAUCGAACAGACGCACAUGGAGCUCAACUAUAUCAUUAUUAUCGUUUGCUAGCUAAAGCCGAACGUUAUGCUAAGGAUCGUCGCAAUGGAUUAUGGCAGAGUUCUUUGCCACCUCGCAUGUGGCCAUUAUCCUUAUGGCCAUUAAUGUGGGACCGAGUUGUUAAAUCCAACCGUCUACCAACAUUGGUUCGCUAAUAACUGCAAAACUAGUAGCGCAACAAGAAAUGUUGAGUCAGAUAUAGCUGUUGAGUGUAUGAAAUAAAAAAAAGUUAUUUAUAGAUAAUUUG